AUGAAUUCAUACGAUACACGCAACAUUAGGCCGGAGUUCCACUUGGAAUUCGAGCGCAGGCAUGCAGUACUUGAGCCGUAUAUAGAUCACAUAAAGAAUUUCAUGCUUAACCAUAUAGUGUACGAGCGAUAUGAUAUCGCGGAAGACGAUAUUUUUUUAUCAGGUGAGUGCGCCGCAUGGCUAUUGGGACGUUUCGAUAAAUUUAGUAGGAUUGAUGUAUUAAUUGAUAUUAGACACCCGCAAGAAUUUAGGCUGACUGCGACGCCAGAAGCGUUCUUUGAUGGACUCAAGCGUGGGCUACCGAAAAAUAGUGAUUUCCCCGGCGAGCUUGAAAAUAUGUUUGGCUUAUCCAGCAUUAUCGUAAAUUAUCUCGAGAUGGAUAUAAGCUUUGUUUUCAUACACGGUACUCUAAAUUAUUUACUAGAACAUUUUAAUUUGUCGAUAUCGGCGGUACUUGUAAAUUUGUAUAACUUAUCGAUGGUCUACACCGCCGAAUGUCCGUGUGAUUAUGAAGGACAGUGUAUGACCUCAUCUGAAACUCGUAAAAUUAUAUACCCGUUAUUAUUCGAAGCAUCAUCUGUCGUCCAACCAUCGGACAAAAAUAUAUCGAUGUGCACACGGGCAGUGACUACACCCUUGCGCCUUCGCGGUAGAUAUCAUACGUUUCAGAAUUUGUUAGCAUCGUAUGGUCCGCGUAAGCAUUUACGUGAAUUUUUUUGUGACUAUUCAAUUUUCGCAAGGUAUGCCGAGCUUGUGAAUGCGCGAGUAGAUGAGACUGAUCGACCGUUAUCGUUUUACAUCUACCCCGAUUGCAUAGCGUGUAUGUCUCGGCGGGAGAAGUUGACCCGUUGGGCGUACGAUCAUUGGGUGCGUAGGACAUACCAUCCAAUUACUGGAUAUGGUUAUCGGGAGGCUAAAAACCGUUUCAAUAAAAGCGAUAGUAUAGAUUUACCGAUAGUUUUAUUUACUAACCAUAUUUUAUUUAAUGUUAAAUUCCAUCUAUCCCUUCAGUAUGUGAAAAAUUAUUCUCUUUUUUCCGUCCAAUACUCACAGAAUUUCAUAUGCUCCUAA